AUGAGUUCAAUAAGUGCAGCUCCUAGACGACUAUUGGUCCACGCGACUAUCAUCACUGUCAACAAGAGCCGGGAAGUCAUCCUGGACGGCGCUCUGCUCAUCGAAAACGGUCGCAUCUCAUUGAUUGGAAAGACCGCAGAACUCUUGAACCAAGUGCAAUCGGAAAAUAACCCAGAUCUCGAAAUCAUAGAUUGUACGAACAAAAUCGUUAUUCCUGGCCUGAUCAACACACACGCACAUCUAGCACAGUCAUUAUUACGGGGCCUUGCCGAAGACCUUCCACUUCACAACUGGCUGUGCGACGCGGUAUGGCCGUUAGAAGCAAACUAUGCCGAAGACGAUGGCUACGCAGCGUCCAUGUUGACGAUAGCAGAAAUGCUCAAGACGGGAACAACAUGUUUCCUCGAAGCCAUGCUCACGCACAGAAGCGGGCUUGAAAACGUAGUUCGAGCUGUACAAGAGACCGGCAUACGAGCUUGCCUAGGAAAACUGAUCAAAGUCGCUGAAACGAAUGCAAAUCUCAACAUGAAGGAUGCAAGAGACCGUGACGUCGACUCCAUGUCUGUAGCUGCCGCCCUUUCAGCCCACAAGAAACACCACAGCACCUGCAACGACCGUUUACAUGUGUGGUUCGCCGCCGGAACACCUCGAGGCUCUCCAAUGGCCGCACACGCCUCAAUAGGCGAGACAGCGCGAUCGCAAAAUAUCGGCGUUACCAUGCACUGCGCAGAAGCGCCCAAGGACCUUCCUAUUUACCACGAAUACUACCAAUGCAGUCCCAUGCAGUUCUGCCGCGAUGCCUCGCUAACAGGCCCGAAAAGCGUAUUUGCACAUUGCGUACACCUGGAUCCAGCAGCUGGCGAUUACGACGUAUUACGUGAGAGCAACAGUACUGUCUCGCACAAUCCGACGAGCAAUCUGAAGCUUGGGUCUGGAGUCGCGAGCAUACCGGAUAUGGUUGCGAGCGGCGUCAAUGUAGCACUGGGAACAGAUGGCGCGCCUUGCAACAACACGUAUGACAUGUUCCGGGAGAUGCAUCUCGCGGCGAUACUACAUGGUGGGGUGAGGCAACAGGCUGGUGUGCUGAGUGCAUACGAUGUCUUGGAAUUUGCUACGAUAAACGGUGCUAAAGCAUUAGGGUUGGAUAAAGAGAUUGGUAGUUUAGAGGUGGGGAAGAAGGCGGAUGUUGUCGUUGUUGAACCGAGAGGCGUAUCAAACAUCCCAUGGGUCGCGUCUGAGCAGAGCACUGGUGGUAUGGAUCCAGUCACGGUGCUUGUUCACUCUUCUGGAGCAGAUGUCGACACUGUGAUUGUGGACGGCCAGGUCCUUGUCAGCAAGGGACGUUUAUUGCACAUUGACGAAUGUAUAAUCAUGGAUCAGGCAAGGGAUUCGAUAGCAGGCAUACGGCAAAGAAGCGGCGUGGGUGCGAGAAACCACAUGUCGUUGAAAUAUGUAUAG